AGCUCGCGCCCGCGCCCACCGGCUGGCUGGCGAGGCCGGCGGCCGCCGCACCAACAAGCAGGCCUGGAGCGCACACUGCUGUGAGGCAACGGAGGUGGGGGGCUCCCAGUCCCUGAGACCCCAGUCCCGCACGGAAGGCUCAUGGAGCCCGGGGCACGCGGGGCCCUUUGCUCCAGGGCUAGCAGAUUCUUUCUGGACCUGUAGGGCGCCACCCCAGUCUAGCCACAAUGGCGCACAGUUUUGCGGUGGGCUUCGACCCACUGGGCCUUGCAGACCUAAGCUCGGGCUCUCUGAGCUCCCUCUCCUCCCGAGGCCACCUGGGCAGCGACUCGGGCUCCGCAACGCGAUACCUGCUGAGGAAGCAGCAGCAGCGGCUGUUGAAUGGGCCCCCCCGCGGAAUCCGAGCCUCAUCGCCCAUGGGCCGUGUCAUCCUCAUCAACUCUCCCAUCGAAGCCAACAGUGAUGAGAGCGACAUCAUCCAUGCGGUCCGGGUGGAGAAGAGUCCAGCAGGGAGACUGGGUUUCAGUGUGCGGGGCGGCUCGGAGCAUGGCCUGGGCAUCUUCGUCAGCAAGGUGGAGGAGGGGAGCAGUGCAGAGCGGGCCGGCCUGUGCGUGGGGGACAAGAUCACGGAGGUGAAUGGGCUGAGCCUGGAGAGCACCACCAUGGGCAGCGCCGUGAAGGUGCUGACUGGCAGCAGCCGCCUGCACAUGAUGGUGAGGCGCAUGGGCCGAGUGCCGGGCAUCAAAUUCUCCAAAGAGAAGACCACGUGGGUGGAUGUGGUGAACCGGCGGCUGGUGGUGGAGAAGUGCCGGUCAACGCCGUCUGACAGCGGCUCGGAGGAUGGCGUGCGGCGCAUCGUCCACCUGUACACCACGUCAGACGACUUCUGUCUGGGCUUCAACAUCCGCGGGGGCAAGGAGUUCGGCCUGGGCAUCUAUGUGUCCAAAGUGGACCACGGUGGGCUGGCCGAGGAGAAUGGCAUCAAGGUGGGGGACCAGGUCCUGGCGGCCAACGGCGUCAGGUUCGACGACAUCAGCCACAGCCAGGCCGUGGAGGUGCUGAAGGGCCAAACACACAUCAUGCUGACCAUCAAGGUGGGCAGGACUGUGGGUAUCAGGGAGAGGCCAGACUAUAGAAGGACUUCCCUGACCGCUCUAGUACAUCAUUAUGCCCAUCGCUCUACAGUCUAUGGUUUUGCCAUAGCCAUCGGAGAGGGAGGGCAGGCAUUGCGCUCAGGAGAGGAGAAGAGGCAGAGGAAGAAGGAGAAGUUGGGGUCUCCUGGGGAGAAGGGAGCCCUGCAGCGCUCCAAGACACUGAUGAACCUCUUCUUCAAGGGAGGGCGGCAGGGGCGGCUGGCAGGGGACGGGCACAGAGAGGCCUGGACGCUGGACAGAGGGACCCCGGCCAAGCCCCGCCCUCACCUGGACCCGGAGAAAGGGGCAGUGGGGCCCGUGCAGAAGUUUGUCACAUGGAGACUGAGACGCGAGCGGGAGAGGGGCCGGGCCCUGCUCUCUGCCAGGUCUGGGAGCCCCUCUGGCCAGCUCCCUGAUGUGGAUGAGCGGGUGCAAGCCUGGGAGAGCCGACGGCCCCUUAUUCAGGACCUGGCCCGACGGCUGCUGACUGACGACGAGGUGCUGGCAGUCACCCGCCACUGCUCCCGGUAUGUGCACGAGGGCGGUGUGGAGGACCUGGUGAGGCCCCUGCUGGCCAUUCUGGACAGGCCCGCAAAGUUGCUGCUACUGAGGGACAUCAGGAGUGUGGUGGCCCCCACGGACCUGGGCCGCUUUGACAGCAUGGUGAUGCCCGUGGAGCUGGAGGCUUUUGAGGCCCUUAAGAGCCGGGCAGUGUGGCCUCCUGCCUUGAGACCAGCCCAGCAAGACGCACCUCCCAAGCGUCACCUCGUCACGCCCGUGCCUGAUAGCCGUGGAGGUUUCUAUCUGCUGCCUGUGAACGGCUUCUCAGAGGAGGAAGAUGAUGGGGAACUGAGGGAGCGGCUGGGGGGCCUCCAGCUCUCCCUGGGGGCCCCUGCUCCCCGCCACCCUCAUAAAGGGAUCCCCCCUCUCCAAGACGUGCCGGUAGAUGCCUUCACCCCACACCGAAGCACCCGCACCCCCCCUCCGCAACCACCCCCCGUGGCUCCCAGGCCCCCAAGGCCUAACUGGCUGCUGACAGAACCCCCGACCCUGGAGGACCCGCGGCAGAGCCAGGUCCAGGGCCCUGCCCGGAGCCGCAGCUGCAGCCGCAGCCGCAGCCGCAGCCGGGGCCGAGGCAAGUCCCCAGGACGCAGGCGCUCCCCGUCUCCAGCACCUAUCUCCACCCAGAGCGUGGCCAACGGGCGCUACCACAAGCCUCGGAAGGCCAGGCCACCUCUGCCUCGACCUCUGGAUGGGCAGGCAGCCAAGGCGGGAGGCCACCAAGGCCCCUCUGAGAAUGGAACUGGUGGGACAGCCGAGGAGACAGCCGCGAAGGCCCCUGGCGGGGAGCUGAGGACAGUCACGUUGUCCAAGAUGAAGCAGUCCUUGGGCAUCAGCAUUUCUGGGGGCAUUGAGUCCAAGGUGCAGCCCAUGGUGAAGAUAGAAAAGAUCUUCCCCGGGGGGGCUGCCUUCGUCAGUGGGGCCCUGCAGGCUGGCUUCGAGCUUGUGGCAGUGGAUGGAGAGAGCCUGGAGCAGGUGACCCACCAGCGAGCAGUAGAUACCAUCCGCCGAGCUUAUCGAAACAAGGCUCGGGAGCCCAUGGAGCUUGUGGUCAGGGUCCCUGGGCCCAGCCCACAACCCUUACCCCCCGAGUCGUCAGCCCUCGCCGAUCAGUGCCUUCCUGCUGACCAUUCCCCUGCCCGCUGACCCCCUCCUGGUACUCAUUCCUUCCCACUGCCUCCCAGAACCUCCCAUAAAUGCUCUUCCCACCAAUUCCCAGAUCCCUCCCACUGAUGCCAGUCUCCUCCAGCGGACCGCGAGCCCAGUCCCUUCUCCAACCCCUCCGGACUCCCGAUACUAACCCCAGACUCUCUCCACCUAUGCCGGGACUCUUCCCACUGACCUCAGAUCCUCCCGCUGCCUCCCAGGACCCUCCUGCUGUCUCCCAGACCUCCCCUCCUACCCUCCUCUCGGGAUUCAGGAACCUCUCACUCCUCCUCGACUUGCCUCCUCCCAGAGCUCCACACUGCUGGCGCAGACCUCCCCACUUUCUUCCCUCCCCCGCUGUCACUAAGGCUCUGCCCUUUCCAGAUAAACUUGGUGUCAAGGACAAGGUGCUGCGGGGUAGGCUGUGUCACCCGCGCACUGCCCCCAACCUCCCACGACUGGGAGAGGUUGGGAGAAAGCCAAGGUCUGGAGCUUGGGACUGGCGGGCCCUUUCUCAUGAGGCCCCCUUUAAUGCCCCCAAGCACUGAGGAACAUGGACUCUCAGGGCCCGGAGGGGUCAUUGCAUCCGUCCCCCAGCCCCAAGCAGUGUUCUGUGCAAGGGAUAGGAUGGAAAGCUUUUCUAGUUUCUCAAAUCCUGGGAGACCGCUUCAUGUGGUGGUCCGCUAGGACCUCACACUUUCCACUGGAUUUGUCCAUCCCCCAUCACCCUUUCUCUCCCCAAGACCUCCACGAGGGGUCAGAAAGAGGUGGGAGUCGGGGUCAAAGAAGUUCCCAUCAACUCUCUCCAGCACACUCGUCUUUUUUUACAAACAGAAAAAUUUUUAAUUUGUUUCUUUGGGUUUGUACAAGAAAUUUACAGUGUGGAAAAAUAUACAAGUGAAAACGAGGCCAUAAACCUGGGUGUGGGGAGGGGCCACUUGGUCACAAACACAAAUAAACAAGACGUUUCUGAGUU